ACGCGAGUUGCGAGUAAGCAAAGAUCAGGCCAUCUUUGCUUCAUACACGACGUCGUUUUGAGCAAAGGCGCUCUCGUCUUUCUCCGUGGCCUUGUGUUGGCGCCUCGAUUGGUUGCUCGUGAGCUGCUCGAAAGAGAGCUGCCAAUUCAAGCUCUCGAAAGAAAGCCUUAGCUAGGAGCUCGUCAUGUGCAAUGUCGUCGGACACUGAAUGGACAAGGUUUUUGGACCGAAGCCUGGACGCACGAAUCCGGCCCGAUAAGUUUGCGACGCUCUCGACGGCUCUGCAUCAUAGGACGCCAUUGUCGGGGUCCAAAGUUGCUGACAUUUUUCUAAAGCCGCGCUCUCCGGCUUCGCUACGGGCUGAUCCGCUGCUAUUACCUUACGUGGAACAGCUCCUAGACCGAGAUAGGAUCAAUACGGCUGAUGCUCUGAGGGCCUUGCUCAAGUUUUCCCGUUUCCAUCAUGCACACGAAGCGAUAGAAGACUCUCGAAAUGUUGGGGAGCCGGCAGAGAAGUGGUACAAUUCCGCCGAGGUGGAGGAGACGUUAAUGUACAGGAUAGCGAGAGCUAUCAGCAUACAGCAGAGUCCGAAGAGCAAAUCAGAGGCUUUGGGAACCCUCAAGAUACUGGCACAAUGGAUGUCCGCAAUGGUCUCCUCAGGGACCCGGGACGAGAUGAUGCAGGAUAUGGAUGGCACUGCAAGGCAGGUCGAUCCAGAAACUGUUGCUCUCAGAGGAGCGCUUGGGACUCUUGUCCUAGCUCUCACUGAGAAUCUGCCGUUCAUAGAGACUAUCAAUGACUCGUGUCCCAAAGACUUGAAGAAGGCUUUCAUCCAUUCGCUAUCCAUGUUUGUGCCGUUUCUUUCCCAGACAGCUCUUCAGAUUGCAAAUCGACUCGACGCAUUUCAUAAAUUGAUCAGUGUGUCCGAUAACGCGUUCAAAUCACUUGAUGGCGGCGUCAUGAGUGGUCUUGGCGGCAGCUUGCAACUUCAGAGCAUGGCCGAUGUGAUUGACGGCCCGGUCGUCAACUCGAGAGCAGGACUCUAUAUUUACCUCAAUGCUGUGCUUGUAGGACGACCUUUGGUAGAUGAUACUGCGUUUCUUAAUUAUUUGCACGCCCGUUACAAGGCGGAUGUUUCCAGCCUUACGAUCGAGUUGAUCACCGCUUCCUUUGACGUCUUGUCCAAUGCCAUGUAUCGCAAUGAGACUAGCCAGACCAUGUUUCUUUUCCGAUCAUUUCUAGUAAACAAGAUACCCGUCCUGGUCGCAAUACUGGCCGGGUCAAUGUUUCCUCCCCUUACCGCAGAGUUUUGCAUCACCCAAGCUUUAAAUCACGUCGACCCCAAUGCUUUUCCGUCAUUUUCCCAAAUGUUUGAUCCUCUUAGCGGGAGCGGUAUGCUCUCGGAUGUUCGGCAGGAGUUUCUGUUUGCUUGCGCAUUGCAUCAACUAAUUCCAGAGGAGAGCAUCGAAAGUCUUCUGGGAGAAAUCCCCAUGCAAACUUUACCCUCUGGAGGAAGAUAUGUUAAAGAAGACCUUGUACAACAAUGUUCUACAAACUCAGAAAAGAUCGAAGAAUUGCUUGGCGAGAUUGAAGGAAUGGAUGGGAACGCCGGAGCGAUUGUCAGUGCUAUAACAGAUAUCAUCCAUAAUCUAUGUGCUUCCAAGGAGACCAUGUCGCUCAAAUCAAUUUGCAGCUCGUUAUCGAAAAGGCCAUUGUCUCUAGAUGUAUUGCUACUUUUCAAUAAUCCAUCUCAUCUCCUUCAGCCAGUGUGCCAGCUUCUCGACGAAUGGAGAUUUGAAGAGGACCAAGGCGAGUAUCAACCAGUCUACGAUGAAUUUGGAUGUGUCCUUCUCCUUGUGCUGGCCUUUGUUCAUCGAUAUGACCUUACUGCCGCGGAGGUUGGAGCCACCAACCCUGAUUCCUUUAUCGCUCGCCUUCUCAACAAACGAUCACUGGGCCAACGAAUGGAGGACUUGACAGAAGAGCAAAAGAACUACCUUGGCGGCUGGAUUCGUGGGCUAUUUGAUGCCGAGGGUAUCAGUGAUGAACUCAUGUCUGCUUGCCGGCCGCAGGAAUUUUAUUUCCUUGUACCUACUCUUUUCCAGCAAAGCUUAGCAGCCUGCAAGCUUGAAGUUCUGGACAUAGAGACCGUUAAAGGCGGUCUGGAAUAUUUAUUGGAGACCUUCUUACUUCCUUCCCUCGUAGGCGCUAUUACUUGGCUGGCGGACCGUCUCUGGGAAUCUGGAGACGAUAUCAAUAUCCUGAUGCAGAUGCUGCAUACAUUGCUUCGCCCUAGCUCCAUAUCUGGCGACGCACGGGCGAUGCACAACACUAUUUUGUCCAUUGUGGCAAAACCACUAGAACAUUCACUUCGAGAGUUCCGCCGACUUGGCUCGCCCAGGCAAGACAUUGACCCACUUCUAGAUCUAUUGAAACCGCACCUCUCUUUCAAGCGCACAGUCGACAGUUACCAUACCGAGUACGAGCAAUGGAUGGGACCUCAGAGCGGUGGGCUUCUUGCAAGCAUUCGCAACACCUUUCAGUCGCUGGUGUUGUGGUCCUCCACUGCUGAGAUCAACAUGACCCCUCCAAGCUACACUCAUCGCCAACUUCUCGUGGCAGUCAAAUUGUUCGGUGCAAAGGCUCCCGUUCGGGCGAUCAUUGAUGAGCUGCGACUACAAAGUGAAAACGGCAGUGGAGAUCUGGCAAUGGACGUUGCAACCAGUCUGGUCUCUGCACCUUCUGCGACUGAUGGUGCCGAGCUGAAGACAUCCUUAUCUCCCGAAAGCAAGGGUCGUCUCACCCUUCGGGAUGCCCUCAAGCUUGAAGUUGAGGAUGCCGAGGCUGCGUUUGCGGCAGACCCUCUUCGCGCCGAGCUAGUCGUCCGAUUACACCGCCGCGUCGAAGCACAAACAGCGGCGCCCUCGGGCAUGACUGCUGCAGGACAGGGUACAACGGCCACAAAUAUUCCUGUUCCACCUGGUCUGAUGGGCUCUAUCGAUGUCUCUGGUGUUGCUAGUGGAGCGGGCCCAGAUACCAUGGAUCUCACUGGAGCAGGUGCCUCUAUGGAUAUGCUCGAUGUCGGUGGUGAUGGGUUUUGGCGGCAUGGAUCUGAUGGGUGUUGAUAAUACCGGAAUGGAUCUAUCCUAGACCUUUCGUAGGUUCUCAGUUGUUGUGCCUCAAGCAUUUUCAGACACUUCGGAAUCGAUCGAUGAUCAAAGAUCACACAAUGUAGAAUAUUAUCCUCCCCAAAUAUUCGAAAGUCAUUGGGCUUAUGUGACAUAAAUAUAGAUUUUAUCGAAGAGGCUACGAAUGCAUAGCACAUUUGAUGUCAAGGAUUUUUUUUUUU